AUCUUCAAUUGCAAUCUCACCAGGGGAUCCAAUUCCUGUCUGCGCGCGAGACAUCGAUCACUUGCUUCCGAGUCACGGCCACAGCCAUGGCGGUGCUUCUGGCUCUUUUACUUGUGUCUCUUUGCUUUUCCUUGAUCAGGGUUGCCCACGUGACCAUAACUUGUUACUGGUUAACUCCAAGACGCAUCAAGAAAAUCAUGGAGAGGCAAGGAGUGCGUGGCCCCAAACCCCGCUUUCUGGUAGGCAACAUCCUCGACGUCGCCGCCAUGGUAGCCAAAUCCACAGCCGCAGACAUGGACUCCGUCCGCCACGACGUCGUCGGCCGCCUCUUCCCCCAUUUCCUCGUCUGGUCCCAACUCUACGGGAAAAGAUUCAUAUUCUGGAACGGGACGGAGCCGAGGAUGUGCAUAACCGAUACGGAGAUGAUCAAGGAGCUUCUCUCAAAGUACAGCACCAAAGCCGGAAAAUCGUGGCUUCAGCAACAGGGCUCAAAGCACUUCAUCGGAAAGGGUCUGUUAAUGGCCAACGGCGAAGACUGGCAUCAUCAGAGGCACAUUGUGGCGCCGGCGUUCAUUGGAGACAAACUUAAGAGCUAUGCCGGGUAUAUGGUGACGUGCACAAAGCAGACUCUGGAGACGCUAAAGAAUGAAGUAGAGUCAGGUCGGACCGAGUUCGAGAUCGGCGAGUACAUGACCCGGCUCACCGCCGAUAUUAUUUCCAGAACCGAGUUCGAUUGCAGCUACGAAAAGGGCAAGCGGAUUUUCCAUUUGCUCACCGUUCUACAGAACCUCUGUGCUCAAGCUAGCCGGCACCUUUGCUUUCCCGGCAGCCGGUUUUUUCCGAGUAAAUACAACCGAGAAAUAAAGUCACUGAAGAUGGAGGUGGAGAGGCUGUUGAUGGAGAUAAUACAGAGCCGGAAGGACUGCGUGGAGGUUGGUCGCAGCAGCUCGUAUGGAAACGAUCUUCUGGGCAUGCUGCUCAAUGAGAUGCAGAAGAGGAGGGAAAAUAAUAAUUAUGGGUUUAACUUAAAUCUGCAGGUGAUCAUGGAUGAAUGCAAGACUUUCUUCUUCGCCGGCCAUGAAACCACAGCACUGUUACUCACCUGGACCAUCAUGCUUCUCGCCACCAACCCAUCUUGGCAAGACAAGGUCCGGGCCGAGCUCAACCAGGUCUGCAAUGGCGCCUCUCCCUCUGUUGAUCAUCUCUCCAAACUCACUCUGUUGAACAUGGUGAUCAAUGAGUCUCUUAGACUGUAUCCGCCAGCUUCAGUUCUUCCUCGAAUGGCCUUCGAGGACUUUAAGUUAGGCGACCUCCACAUCCCAAAGGGGUUGUCAAUAUGGAUUCCAGUUCUCGCCAUCCAUCACAGCGAAGAACUAUGGGGCAAAGACGCCAAAGAGUUCAACCCGGACCGGUUCGCCUCGAAAUCUUUCACCUCCGGCCGGUUCAUCCCCUUUGCCGCCGGCCCAAGAAACUGUGUUGGCCAAGCGUUCGCCAUGAUGGAAGCCAAGAUCAUUCUGGCCAUGUUGAUAUCAAAGUUCAGCUUCACAAUAUCGGAGAAUUAUCGCCAUGCACCAGUUAUCGUCCUCACUAUGAAGCCCAAGUAUGGAGUUCAAAUCUGCUUGAACCCGUUGAACUAGCUAGCUAGCUAAUCGCGGGGUGAAGUUGGUUAAUUGACUUCAUGAGUUUUGGUUAAUUUGGUUAAUCUUGGUCUUUGUCAAUGUCCAUUUUGCAUGACUAUGAAGGAGUUUUGAGACUAACUGCAUCCAAAUAUGCGAAUUAAGUUCAAGUACUGGUCUA